GUUUAUUAGCGCAUUAUCUUCAUCCGUUUGGUCAAAAGUUUGUAUUUCUGCUUCGAUAAUGAUAGCAUGAGUGCCAAAAAUUGCUCAAUGAUAAAAAGUUAUGGAAAAUGUGUCAGGUACGGUUGAGGAUAAAGUGAUUAACAUUUCAAUGGAGGUAUAAUUGUCUUUACCUAAAAUAUAAAUAAUUGACUUGGACAAUUUGUUUUGGUUUAAUCUGUAACCUGUAUAAGCAUUCAAUAUUUUAAUUGAUUUUAGUUGCCUCUCUCUCCAAAAAUACAACAAAAUAUUUUCAGUGCGAAUAUUGAUAUUUUAAUUGUAUCUUAAAAGGGAUACAAAAUUGUGAACUUGUUUCAUCCUUCAUAUUAUAUUUAUGACAAUUAACUAUCAUGAUUAAAAUGAUGAUUUGUUUAAAUUGAUAUUUCAAUUCAAUUAACUCUUAGUAGCUUUGCUUUAUUAUCUUUUAGUAAUCAUUGAGUAAACUGUCAUAGUUCGAACUUGGAUCGCUUGAACUUGAUCGGUAAUCAAAUGGAAGCUAAAAUUGGGUUUUAUUGAUUUUAAUAUUGAAGCUACAAAAAUCAAGGUAAAUCAACAUUCGUUUUGUAUCACAGUUACAUAUUGAGGUUCAAAUUGCGAAUUUAAUCGUUUAACAAGUCAACAAAAUUGAUAUUUACUAAAUGACAAUUGAGUGAAUGAGACAGUUAUUGCUUCAUUGUCUAACCAAAUACCUGAUCAAAACAAACAAUUUUAUUAAUAGAAAUGCUAUUUUCAGUUUUCCUUUUUAGUUCCACAGUUAACUCGGUUUUUGGUCAAUCAAUCAAAUAUGAGACUUGCGGCAAUAAAACUAAUGAUCCAUUGUCCGUUAUCAUCACUGGCUGUGAGGAUUUAAAGAUUUGUACUAUCAAUCGGAGUGAACCCAUUCAUUCUAGUUUAAAUUACAUUUCUCCAAUCGACGCUCCAGAAUUGAGAUUGAACAUUUGGGCCAAAUUUUUCAGCCUCUGGAUUCCAAUCAAAUCGGAGCCCUUACGAGUUUGUGGACAAUACGGAGUGGAAUGUCCAAUCGUUAAAGGAAAAGAGUACCUUUAUAAUAUGACUGCCAAUGCUCCUUGGCUUCAACAAGUACAAACCAAGAUUCGAUUAAUGUUAUCAUCGCCUGAAAAUAAACCAAUCGUUUGUGCCAUCAUCGAAAUUCAUAUUGUUUAAAUAUCAAAUCAAUGGAAAUAUUGAAAAUUAAUAAUCUUAACCUGUCACUGAAAAUCAUUUAAACUGAACAUGUUGGAUUCAAUGGA